AGUUUAUAUAAUUUCAAGUAUCAAAACAUAUUAUUUAGUGCUAACUCUUGCUGGAUUGAGACAUCAAAAAUGAGAUUAAUAAAAACACUGACACUAUGCCUUUUAAUUGGAUUUGCUGUAGCUGCUCCAAGGCAUAAUCACAAAGAAAGAAAGGAAAGCAAAGAAAGCAAAGAAAGUAAAGAAAGUAAAGAGAGUAAAGAAAGUAGUGAAAGUGAUCACAUCACUAUUACAAAAGACUUUUUCCCAGAUGAAUUUGUAGUGUACACUGCUGACCAUGAUAUUGUAAAUAUCCUAGUUCCCAUCAAUUCUUUUAAUUUCGAAGAUGAUGACGAAGACAAUGAUACGAACGAUGAUGAUGGAAUAACAUUAUUCUUUGUCGAAGCUGACAUAGAUAAAGCUGGGAAUAGAAUAGACAAAGGUCUAUACGUUCUUAAAGAUGGUAAAGCAAAGAAACUUCUUGACAACGGUAGAGAUGCAGCAGCAUCUAGCGAUGAUAGCAAAGAUGUUUUCUUUGCAGCUAAAGACGGUAUUUACGUGUACAAUAAAAAUGAUAGCACAGCUAUAAAAUACGGAUCAGUAACCGACAGUGUGAUUGGAAUUGCAAAAGAAAAUUCAACAGAUUUAAUCUACAUAUUAACGGAGAAUUAUGAUUUGUAUAAAGUGACUGAAUCUGGUAAUAAAAAAGAGAAAGUAAACGAAGUUGUAGGCGCACGUGAAAUAGUUUUGGAUGGUGCCAACAAUUUGUAUUACUACGGUGAUGAUUUGAAACCGUUUGUUUUCAACGGUGGAGUGGUCAAAGAAAUAAAAGGUCUACCUGAACAUCCUAAAACAGUUCGUUUACUAAAACCACCAUUCUUUAUAGAUGAUUCUGUACCAUUUAUCAUAGAUAAUGAUAUUUAUUUCAUUAAUGCGAAUGGAACGAGUGAAAAAACAGACUUCGAUUUUAAAUCGAAUGCAAAACCGACGGCUUUUAGUAUGGAAGCAACUCUCCUCCAAUAUUACGGUUAUAAUAAAAAGAUAUAUGAAUACAAUGUCUUAGCUAUGAUUCUUACAGAAGUUAUUGACGAAUUGAAAGAGUUUUUGGAAACUAAAUCUGACGCAAUUCGUUCGUUGUCGACUCAAUCUCGAAGCCGUGUGCGUACUUCCAAAUAAUUUUAAUGCCAAAUAAAUCGUUAUUUUAUUUAUAAUCUAUGUCUUCUAUAUA